CCUAUAUAAGCCUGACAACAAAGACAAAUCUUGUCAUAUGAUUCUGAAGUAACUUGAUCUAGUUUUAACAAUUCUCCUUUCGAAGAAAGAAAGUGUGACUGAAAUCAGGAUGAAGAGGGUUGCCUCUCUCAAGUUUUUGGCGGGAGUUGUCUGGGUGAUGCUGGUGUUCGUUGAUGAGAUGCAAGGCCAGCAGCAGACGAUGGGUUUGGUGGAAUCAGCUAAAUCUGUUCAAGAUCUAGCUCACAUUGCUGUGGUGGAUGCUCUGUCUCCUCUUCAGACGGCACUCUCCCUGCUGGAGUCUCAGUGGUCGAAACUGGAGGCUACUGCUAACCAGAAGAAGCUAAACUUUGCAUCCAUCACUGCACCUACAGUGAACACACAGGACAUUUUAGCAUGCCGAGCCCGAUCUGUUCCCAAAUACACAAAUCUUCUGAAACAUCUGGUGGACAAAGAGCAUGAAAUCGGCAACCAGGUGGAGAACGCCACCCUCAUCGCCAAUGCUCUUCAAUUCGUGUCUCAACUCGUCGCUAAUGACCAAAUCCAACAAGAUACUCUCCAGGCAAUAACCACCAAGAUGAACGCCUUCGUGACUGACUACAAGAUGAUACUAUCAGGUUUCGAAUCCUCUGUCUGCAUCAGUGAUAACAAUGAUAACGUCCAGAUGCUGAGGAUGCUAGCCAGCGGGUAA